AUGACGGUCUCGUUCCCCGACUAUCUCUUCCGUCUCGCUCGACUGUCUGCCCAAGAAUUCUCUAUCGACUGCUUUUCCUGGCUGCCUUGUAGUGCCGCAACCUGUAAUGGUCGUCAGCGGGUGCCCACGCACAUGAUGGCAAUGUGCCGACCGGUUGCGGUCUCUCCUGUCUCUCCCACCUGUCUGGCCUCUUCCAUGAGUCAUUAUUCUUCUUCUUCUUCUUCUUCUCUUCCUUCUUCUUCUUCUUCUUCUUCUUCUUCUUCUUCUCCUCCCUCUCCUCCUGAACACAGACGAUUGAUUACCUAUCUAUCUAUCUAUCUAUCGAUCUCAGUCUUUUCAAUAUCUAUCUCUUUUCAUCAUCUAUCUAUCAAUCAUAUGAUUGCCUAUCUAUCUAUUUAUCUCAGUCUUUUCAGUAUCUAUCUAUCUAUCUAUCUAUCUAUCUAUCUCAGUCUUUUCAAUAUCUAUCUCUUUUCAUCAUCUAUCUAUCUAUCAUAUGAUUGCCUAUCUAUCUAUCUAUCUAUCUAUCUAUCUAUCACAGUCUUUUCAGUAUCUAUCUAUCUCUUUUCAUCAUCUUCUUUUAAAUAUCUAUCUAUCUAUCUAUCUAUCUAUCUAUCUAUCUAUCUAUCUAUCUAUCUCAGUCUUUUCAGUAUCUAUCUAUCUACUUAUAUAUCUAUCUCUUCAUCAUCUUAUCUAUCUAUCUAUCUCUUUUCAUCAUCUAUCUUUCUAUCUAUCUAUCUAUCACAUGAUUGCCUAUCUAUCUAUCUAUCUAUCUAUCUAUCCAUCUCUAUCUAUCUAUCUAUCUAUGUUUUUUUUUCUUUUUAUUUAUUUAUUUCUCUCUCUCUUUCUUUCUCUCUCUCUCUCUUUCUUGUUUUCUUUCCAAAUGUUCUUUCUUUUUCUUCUUUUCUUUCAUUUUUCUUUGUUCUUUUACAAAUUUUCUUUUUUCUCUCUCUCUUUAUUUAUUUCUUUCUCACUCUCUUUCUUACUUUCUUUCCAAAUGUUCUAGCUUCUUUCUUUCUUUCCAAAUGUCCUUUCUUUCUUUCCAAAUGUUCUUUCUUUCUUUCCAAAUGUCCUUUCUUUCUUUCUUUCUUUCUUUCUUUCCAAAUGUUCUUUCUUUCUUUCCAAAUGUUCUUUCUUUCUUUCUUUCUUUCCAAAUGUUCUUUCUUUCUUUCUUUCCAAAUGUCCUUUCUUUCUUUCUUUCUUUCUUUCUUUCCAAAUGUCCUUUCUUUCUUUCUUUCCGAAUGUUCUUUCUUUCCAAAUGUUCUUUCUUUCUUUCUUUCCAAAUGUCCUUUCUUUCUUUCUUUCUUUCUUUCUUUCUUUCUUUCUUUCCGAAUGUUCUUUCUUUCCAAAUGUUCUUUCCAAAUGUUCUUUCUUUCCAAAUGUCCUUUCUUUCUUUCUUUCUUUCCAAAUGUCCUUUCUUUCCAAAUGUUCUUUCUUUCUUUCUUUCCAAAUGUCCUUUCUUUCUUUCCAAAUGUCCUUUCUUUCUUUCUUUCUUUCCAAAUGUUCUUUCUUUCCAAAUGUCCUUUCUUUCUUUCUUUCUUUCUUUCCAAAUGUCCUUUCUUUCUUUCUUUCUUUCUUUUUUCUUUCCAAAUGUCCUUUCUUUCUUUCUUUCUUUCCAAAUGUUCUUUCUUUCCAAAUGUUCUUUCUUUCUUUCUUUCUUUCCAAAUGUCCUUUCUUUCUUUCUUUCCAAAUGUUCUUUCUUUCUUUCUUUCCAAAUUUCUUUCUUUCUUUCUGUCUUUCUUUCUUUCUUUCUUUCUUUCUUUCCAAAUGUUCUUUCUUUCUUUCUUUCUUUCUUUCUUUCUUUCUUUCUUUCCAAAUGUUCUUUCUUUCCAAAUUUUCUUUCUUUCUGUUUGGCUCAAGGGGGUCGACGAUCCUUCAGCACUGUCCAGCUUAAACCAUACAAUCAAGGUCAAAGGUCGCCGGUUUGUUGUGUUGAAGUCUGGACAGAACUGGAAACGCCCGGAUGGAUCGUAUGUCAACAAGCUUAUUAUCAAACGUGCUACACAAGAGGAUUCUGGAAUGUACAUAUGUCUUGGGGCUUCCAGUUUUGGAUACAGUAUACGACCAGCUUUUUUACAAGUUCAGCCAGAUCCCGUCAAUCCUCAUCGUUACCAUCCAACCAAGAAGCCGCCGACAUCUGACUCGGACACUAACAACAACAACAUCCUCUUAGCCAUCUUGAUUCCCCUUGUGUUGAUUAUCCUCAUCAUGGGCACUGUCUGCCUCUGUCUCCGUUGCCACGGCAACUACAACGAGACAAACAACAGCUCCAGUCUGCGCCACAUUCAACAUGUCGCCGUUCCCACCCACAACAAGGACUUCCCCACAGCAACAUACGCAAUGCCCCCACCUUCACUCUCCGCCUACCACACGACCACGAUAGCUCCACCCGGUUCCAGCAGCAUGUCAGGUGGCUCUACCUGCAGGAUAACCUCGUCAGUUCCUCCCAUGCGUCAUUGA